UCCGAGGCCGUGGCUUCUGGUCCUCUGCCUCCUCCAGCUGCUGCCUCCGCUGCUGCCUCCUCCUUCCCCACCUCCUCCGCCAGGCGAGCGUCUGCGGGGGCCCGAGGGGCGGCGGCGGCGGCGGCGAUAUGGAGCCGGGGGUCGGCAGCCGAGGCGCUGCUCGCGGUCAGGGGGCCGGGCCCCCGAGCAGUCCGCCGCCCCAGGAGCAGGAGCGGAAGCUGGAGCAGGAGAAGCUCUCCGGGGUGGUGAAGAACGUCCACCGGCGGCUCCGCAAGAAGUACCGGGAAGUGGGAGACUUUGAUAAGAUCUGGCGAGAACACUGUGAGGACGAGGAAACGCUUUGUGAAUAUGCUGUUGCAAUGAAAAAUUUGGCAGAUAAUCAUUGGGCAAAAACUUGUGAGGGCGAAGGUCGUAUUGAAUGGUGUUGUAGUGUAUGCAGAGAAUAUUUUCAAAAUGGUGGGAAGAGAAAAGCACUUGAGAAAGAUGAAAAAAGAGCUGUACUCGCCACUAAGACCACUUCAGCCUUAAAUAUGCAUGAGUCUUCUAAACUUGAAGGUCAUUUAACCAACCUCAGCUUUACAAACUCUGAAUUUAUAACUGAGUUGCUUCAAGCCUCAGGAAAGAUCAGAUUACUUGAUGUUGGCAGCUGCUUCAACCCAUUUCUGAAGUUUGAAGAAUUUCUAACUGUUGGCAUAGACAUUGUACCUGCUGUAGAGAGUGUAUAUAAAUGUGACUUCCUGAACUUACAGCUUCAGCAGCCACUCCAGCUUGCGCAAGAUGCUAUAGAUGCCUUUUUGAAGCAGCUGAAAAACCCUAUUGAUUCUCUUCCUGGAGAGCUUUUCCACGUUGUUGUUUUCUCUCUCCUUCUUUCUUAUUUUCCAUCACCUUACCAGCGAUGGAUAUGCUGCAAGAAAGCUCAUGAACUGUUAGUGUUGAAUGGUUUAUUACUUAUCAUCACACCUGAUUCCUCCCAUCAGAACCGCCAUGCUAUGAUGAUGAAAAGCUGGAAGAUUGCUAUAGAGUCCCUGGGCUUUAAACGUUUCAAGUAUUCAAAAUUUUCACAUAUGCAUCUGAUGGCAUUUAGGAAAAUUUCCCUAAAAACCACAAGUGACUUGGUUAGUAGGAACUACCCAGGUAUGUUAUAUAUUCCUCAGGAUUUCAACAGUAUAGAAGAUGAGGAAUAUUCUAACCCUUCCUGCUACGUUCGAUCAGAUAUGGAAGAUGAACAGCUAGCAUACGGUUUUACAGAGCUCCCUGAAGCUCCAUAUGACUCAGAUUCUGGAGAAAGUCAAGCCAGCUCUAUUCCUUUCUAUGAGCUAGAGGAUCCCAUAUUACUUUUAAGUUAAUAUAAAAGCGGAGACCCUUUAAGUCCAGAUUCCUAAACUAAUUGCUUACACUAAUUGGAAAUACUAUUAUGAGCUCAGUACUUAAAAUCUGGUUUGCAUAGAAGAAUUACAAAGGUUUACAGAGUUUGCUAUUUUUUUCUACGUCGCAAUUUUAAGAUUUAUUCUUAUAUAGAAAGCUUAAAGUUACAUGCAGUGACUCCUGUCAUAGCAAAAACCACUGAUACUUUAGCAUUUAGCACUAAGAUAUCAUGGAAAGGUACCUUUUUCUCUUCAGUGCUAUCGUGAAAAAUGAAGCGUAAUUUACUCUGUACUUUCCUUUUCUUUAAAUUUUCUAUGUUGACGUUAAACCAUUGCAGUGGGAAACUUUAAGAUGUGUAGAAAGCUAUAGGUUGCACUUUGAGGACUCACAAGUUAAAUGUGACACAGAUUGCUUUAGCUUGGUGAUGCACUUAAAUCUUUUUUUUUUCCUAACUAAAUUGUUGUCAGCAGCAGAAAGCCGUUUUCUGUCCAGUUUUGUCUGAUGGUCCAAUAUUUCCUGAACCUUUUAAAACUGGUGAUAAUUCUAUUUAUCCUUCUUUCUUCUAUUAAAAGCUCAUUCGACAGCAUCAGACAUUGGGAGAGAGGUUCCCCCCCACCCCGCCCAAAUUAUGUAUUCUAGUUUCAUUAGCACAGUAUAAUAAACACCAUUGCCAAAGUAGUAUUUUGGACCUUGGUGUUAAGUAUAUUUAUCUGUGAAAGUUCACGUCUCCCUUUUUUAAAUUUAGGUUUCAUUUACAAAAUUUUCUGUUUAAGCAAGGAGCAAUAUAGUAGUUGAUACUGACCUAAAACAACUUUGUGAAAGGGUUUGCACUUGUAGGAGAGCUUAUGUUCUAACUACCGUAUUUUCAUGCAAAGAACGCACACCUUCUCCAUUUUUUUGCCAACCACACUACUCCCCUCCCCACCUAGUGAAGUAUUUUCAUAAGCACUGCUAUGCCAAUUUUUUUUUUACAUGUUGCGGUAAAAAAAAAAAAUUAGUUGGAGGAACUUAUGAAAAUGCCUCACUGGGGGAGAGCGCUGUUGGCAAACAAAAAUUGAAGGGGCACGAUAUUUGUGUAAAAAUACAGUAGACUGAAUUUGAUAAGGUCCUCACCUUUCCAUUAAGGAGAUGCUGCACUACAAGUCUGGAAUUAUAUAGAAGAAUAUAAAAUUAACUUUCUGCUAGUAAUCUCAUAAAAUGAUUUUGACCUUCAGUAUUCUAAUUUCCAUCUAAAAUCCUAGCAGAAGUUUUUCUUUGAAUAUAUAAACCAAUAGUUGACAACCAUUAGUUGGCAUUGAAAAAUGUCUUUCUGUGUUUCUGAAUCAGAAGCAAAUGAUUAAGGAGAAAUGUAUGUCCAAACAAGACAAGAUUGGUUUUAGACAUCUAAGAACAUUUAGUCCACAUUGUCUUGGCAGCCAGCAAUUGUCAUGUAAACUGUCAUUUUUAAGAGUGCCACUGUGUGGAUUUUUUUUCAAGUGGUUAUUACAUUAAAAUUGCCUCAUACUGAGGUUUUUGCACUGAAACUUUAUCACAGUUUCAGAUUUCAUGGUUAAUGUGUGUGUGUAUUUUUUUAAAGGAAACUUGCAUUUUCGAUAGUUGAUCCUAAAUUUCAUAAACUGCACUUCUUUACUCUGGUAAAACUGAUGUUUUUGUGCUUAUUGUGAAUUGCUGUAGUUAACUUUGAAUGUCAAAGUUUAUUUAGAAAUAUAAAAUUUAUCCUUUAAGACAUUAAACAGUUGAGCAUGUGUGCCUGAUAUUUCCGAUUAAAUUUCACAUGCUAAAUGAAUGAAAGGAACAAGAUUGUAAUUAACCCAAAAAAAGUCAAUCAGCUAAAUGCAAUAAAUAUUGAUUGCUCAAAUAUGCCAGAAGUAACUUGAAAUUUUUCAUUUACUUUCAGUAGCAUAAGAUUUCCUUAAUUAUCAUGAUUGACUUUUUUUCAGUUAAGCACUGCAGGGUCAUAUCUUGUAACUCCCCCGUAAGAAAAAAAGUGCUAUGUUCAGGAUAACACAGAACUGUGUUUUGAUAAUACCUUUUUGCCAUACUAUUUUGUUUCCUUUGAUUUGACUAAAUGUAACAUUAAGAGCAAAGAAAGCAAUGUCAUCAAAUGAAACUACUUUGAAAGUAAAUGAAAACAGUGCUUUUGAGGGGCUAGUGUUAAGUAUGACCUUGGAGUUAGCCUUUGUGUUACAACUAAAAUGUUGGUGCUAUAAAUUCUUCUGAUUGUUUACAGAUGUUGACUCUGCUUAUGCUCCAAAGUGUGCAUGAUGUAUUUUAAGUAGUACUUUAAAGAAGAAUCUCUUUAUAAAACCUACUACCACUUAGUAUAAAUUUGUUUGAAUUUAUAAAUAUUGUUUGUUAUUGUAAAUUCAGCUUAUUCAAAUUAGGUUGACACAAGAUUUAAAUCAAUACAUAUUCCACCAAAGCCAAUUCAGUGUAUAAGUGUUGAAAUAUAAGCAGUCAUGUGGCUUGGUGCCAGGUUAUAUAUGGAAUGACAAGAGAAGUUAAUAGGACCUCCUAAUACUGUAUAGGUACUCUUAAGAAUGAUUUCAUUUGGAUAUAAAGAAGUUAAGGGGCCUCCUGUCACACCGCAGCAGGGUUCUCCAAAAUACUUUGGUGUUUCAAAAACAAAUGAUGGUCAUUUGGUUGUAUUCUUUAGGAUCAUGACUAGAUCAAGUAGUUUAUACAAUAGUUGCCAAGUUGGGGGAGGUGGCAUAACAGAAAAUGUAUGUUUGUGUUUGUAUUUUUUCACAUUUUGUGAACAAAGCACAUUUAUUAAAAAUUUUAAAUUUUCUAAUAUUCUUUGUUCAUUACUUAUAAACUGAAAGUGUUGUGGUCUUUGACUUAAGUAUUUCACUAAGUGAUUUUAGAAUUGGCAAACAGUUUAGAACUUGAAUGAAGUUUAGAAUUUCCCAACUGCGUUUCAUGUAGUCAAAUUCCUUAAUUUUUUAGAUGACUUACUGAGGCCCAGAGAGGUCAAGUGACUUCUCAUUGUCAUGUUUUGUCAUGCUUUUUUAUGGCAGAACCAGGCCCUCAGCAUAAAUUCUAAUUUAUUAUAUAUCAACCAUAUCAUACUCUGUUUCCUUGGAAAGUUAAUUUUGUCAGAGAUAAUUCAGUAAGUAUGUUAGUUCUUUCAGGGCAGCAAAUGGCUUUCUCAUGAUAGGAAAGAGUUCUUUAUUCAUUGACCAGACAUGUGAACUCUACCAUGUGCAAUAUGCUGAGGAGACAGCAGGGGCCUGGGUGGUCACAGGUCCCUGCUUUGAUGAAGCUUAUGAUCUGAGAAGACAAUCAUUCUGUAUGUAUUUAAUAUCUGCCUUUAGGGAUUAUUGCCUACUGAUCCUACAGCUUUUCCCUGCUUAAAUCCCUUGUUUCCCAAAAAUAGGACAGAAGACAAAAAAGUUUAAAUGCACACAUACAUACAAAACUGUUUAGCAAAUUAUAAACAUAUUGUGGAUCCAAACCAAAACCAAAUCCAUUGCUGUCAAGUCGAUUCCAACUCAUAGCAACACUUACCAGGCAGAGUAGAGCUGUCCCCUAGGCUUUCCAAGGAACGGCUGAUGGAUUCAAACUGCUGACCUUUUGGUUAGCAGCCGAAUGCAUAACCACUGCACCACUGAGGCUCCAUAUUGUGGAUAAGCAGGAUCUAUGGUUCGUCCCUCUUAAAAAAAAAAACAAAACUGCAGGCUAAAUAUAAAUUCUCUGAUUAUAAAUGGUGGCAAAAAGAUCAAACUUUUGCUCCAUUUAUCUGUAUUUUUUUUUGAGCGAUAGUGCUGUAAUGGAAUACAAACAUAGCCUUGGCCAGUGUUCUUUCUCCAAGUCAUGUUCUAUAGUACAUCUCUAUUUGAAUGAGUUUGCAGAGACAGGCUAAAAUAUGAAGGAAAGGUAACGUCAGUAAAAAUCAUUGUUUCCAAAUUGCCAUAGGCCUUUUCACUAGGAGUCUAAGAGAGAACGGUUUUUCCCAAAGCCAGGAUGGAUGAAACAUUUCUUGGAAAAAAGGUAAAUAAGGAAAUUUCUGAAAA